UGCAUAUGCCAUACCACAAAAUCCUUAUGGGCAGAAUUUGUACAGACCAGCAAGCUAUUGAAUACGUGUUAAUCAUUAAACCAAAAGAACCCUUCAACGUAAACAAGCAGCACACACAUACAUGCACAAAUAACACAUAAACAACAAAGCUCAAACCCGGCUAAAGGCCGGGCACACAAGCUAGUUAUAUAUAUUGGCUAAUUCCCUUUGAGGGUUUGUGCUAAUUCCUUUUUUCUAAAUUCUUUGCGAUGAUGGCCACUGCCGUCGAGAAGCGGGACAGGGAGGAGACCGGUGAAGGGCCAAACGGCGGAAGCGAUAAUGCCUCGAAGAAGCACCAUGGGGAAACCGAUGUCGGAGCCGGAGGUGGGAAUUCUGCGGAGAAGGAGGAGGCGGUGUUGUGGAUGAAUUGUUUUUCGGAAAUGUGGGAACCCAUGACCGCCCGUCAUUUAGUUCAGGAUUUCCACCGGUUGGUUACCUUUAUGCAAGACAAUACCCCUAUCCCCGAUAGACAGACUAGAGGGUUGCUGGAUUUGGUGAAGAAGGGUCACCCGGAGCCGGAGAAAAUGAUUGGUUGUGGGGUCGAAUCAUUUCAAGUCCGAGAACACCCAACGUGUACCAGCUUCCGCACCUUCUUUCUUGUAAGGAAAGAUGGUUCCAGGGAGGAUUUCUGCUUCAGAAGCUGUGUUAACAAAAUCCUUCCCUUGCCCAAAGAUUUGAGAGGCCAUGGUAUUGGCAUUGAUGCUGUUUGUUUAUGCCAUUUGGGAGGCUGGGAUACUGUGAGGGCUGCUAAGGAACGAGAAGAAGGAGUCAGAGAAAUAAUAGCUCGGCGUGUGGAGGAGAUAUUGGCUACCUAUUUCAGCUUUGGUCCAUCCAAGUUCCAGGAUUCCUCUCAUAUGUUUCAUUAUUACUACUCUCUGCUUCUUGUUUCGCCGCUUAAUCAGGCGAUCAAUGAGAAAGCGCACCUUAUGUUACUAGAGUUGCUAAAGAAGGGCGAUCCAGAGUCGGAGAGAAAGAUUGGUUCUGGGAUUGAAUCGUUUCAAGUUCGAAUCCAUCCAGCGUACGGCAGCGAGUUGCGAAGCUUCUACCUCGUUAGGGGAGAUGGUUCCAUGGAGGAUUUCUGCUACAUUAAGUGUGUUGACAACUUCUUGCCCUUGCCAGAGGAACUCAGAGAAACAAUUGCUGGUCCUUGCAGCUGUCAUCAUAAAGAAGACGGCCAAGAUGGAGUCACCUUGGGUAUGAGCAGAUUUCGGAGCUCGGCUGAGCUGGUUUCGUACUUCGAGAAACUCUUCGUAGUCUGGCCACUUAAUACUCCUUUUACCUCUGAGGUUGAGUACAAGAUAGUGUUCGAUUUGCUGAAGAAGGGCGAUCCAGAGUGGGAGGAGAAGAUGAAGCCUGGUUCUGGUUCGGGGGGGAUCCCUUCAUUUGAAAUCCGAGAAUGGCCAACGUUGUGGGACAAUCGAUCAUUAUUCAUUGUUUGGGAAAAUGGUUCUAUGGAACCUUUCUGCGUCGUGACCUGUAUCGACAACAUCCUUCCAUUGCCGAUAGAAUAUAAAAGGCUAAGUGCAAAUUUUGAUAGUGGUGGUAGAAGUGGGGGUGGAGGCGGCAAACGUGGAGCUGGCAAAGCAACAAGAAGAGGCCGUGGCCGUCACUGACUGGCAUACUUUGGUCAAGGUUUUGGGGUAUAGUUUUGUGCUGGUAUUAGCCAAAAACUUUAUGUAUUUAUAUUGCUAAGAUCUAUUUUAUUGGAUUGACUUCCUUUCGUUGCGUGGAUUCAGGUGAUAAGUUUGUAUGGUGAACUAUCAAAUUCAAGAAUUACAUUUCUGGCGAGAAAUAUCCUACUUACUUAUUUUAAUUGGUGAAGUAAUACCACUUAAGUUAAUUUAGGCUUAGGGGUCAGUUUUAGUUUCUCUAGCUUUUUUAAUCGGCUCAAAUCUUCUUUGUUUAAACUCGGAUUUCAAUUUUUUUU